CAAAUGCCUGAUAUUUCAUAUUUCAAAAAUAAGUGAAACAUUAUGUAGUACACUUUACGUUUUCGUUUCAUAUUUUAUGUUAAACAGGAAAUAAAAAUCGCGGGAAAACAACUUCAAAGGAGAGGAGAUGGCUUAUCUACAAGACGAAGAACUUAGAGAUGAAUUUGAUUUAUUUGGUAUUGAACUAACUGAUGACGUAAUAGACAGAUUGAAGGAGAUCUGUAUAACAUACAACUUGGAUGCUGAUAAAGUGACAGAUGAGUGGCUUGCAUUUUCUAAAGCCAAAAAAGAUCUGGCAAUCUCAGUAGAAAACUUGGAUCUAUUUGAUAGAGAGAAACUAGCAAAGAAAAUUCAGAGAACGCCCCAAACUCCUCUACACAAGAAGUCACAACAGAGAGUGUACAAUAUCAACAAUGUGUCGGAAGGGGUCGACAUUACUGAUGCAGAAAAUUUGUAUAACACCUAUGGAGGUACACCUUCAACAAAGGGGACACCAGUGCAGAAAAGACAACUGACGCCUGACAAUCCCACAAUAAAGCGAUUUCAGAACAGCGCUCGUAGUCCAGCUGUGCCCUUUUCUCCUGCCAGUUUCUCCCCAGUAGGAGCAACUCCUUCCAAGAAGUACAGCUCAAGAACAAAUGCAGGUGAUGUGGUAGCCUCGAUUGGAAAUGUUGACAAUGUGAACUGGCAAGGGAGUGGUCAGAAGUGUUCAAUCCAGCGAUAUGAUCCAAUAGGGAACUUAACUAAAGAGGAGAAAGACAGCAUUAAGGAUCUAAAUACAGACUUCAAGUAUAUGUUUCAAAAACUGACAGACAAAGCGUUAGUUUUGAAUGAAAUGAUAGAUGAAAUGGCAACACAGCUCCAGGAGAAACACAACAUUGAAGAAUUUUCCCAUGUUGCCCUGCCAGUUCAGGAGGAGGUUACUUUAGUGGGUAGGAUUUGCUGUGAUAGUCUGGGUAAGCUGAAUGCCAAGUCGGUGAUUCUAGAGGGAUCAAGGGACACCUCUGCUGGCCGCUACAUUCCACUAGAUCUGAGUGAUCUGAAACAGUAUUCACUGUUUCCAGGCCAGAUCGUGGCAAUGGAUGGAACAAAUACUUCUGGACAGAAAUUUGUUGUGAAAAAAUUGUAUGAGGGUGUAGUGCAACCAUUGCCGGCAUGUUCAAAUGAGAAGGAUCAAAUAGAAUUGCCCGAAAUGACAGUUUUGAUUGCUGCUGGACCCUUUUCAACAUCAGACAACUUGUCCUUUGAGCCACUCUCAGAUCUGGUUAAAUUCAUCCGGAAAGAUAAGCCAGAUAUUGUGAUAUUGAUUGGUCCAUUUGUUGAUGUAAAAAAUGAUCUUAUAGAGAGUGGGAAAUGUACCAGUUCCUUUGAUGAGAUCUUUAGAACCAAACUGGGAGAAAUCAGCAGUGAAGCAUCAAGUGCUGGAUGCCAUGUCAUUGUCCUGCCGUCUUACCGGGAUGUCCACCAUGAUUAUGUGUAUCCCCAGCCCCCCUUCUUCCAUCAAUCCCAGACCAAGAAUGAGUAUCCGAAUGUGCGCUUCAUGCCUGACCCAUGUGUAGUGAAUAUCAACAAUGUGAUAUUUGGAAUUACCUCAGCAGACAUCAUGUUCCAGCUGGGAGCAGAAGAAAUUUCAUUUAAUCCUCCCGGUGCCUCAGAUAGAAUGGCCAGACUUGCAGAACACCUUUUAACUCAGCAGAAUUUUUACCCCCUCUACCCCUCCCCAGAAGAUGUGAACAUAGAUUACGAAGUGUUUGAUCUUUAUUCACGCAUGCCCAGUACUCCUCAUGUACUAAUUUUGCCAUCAGAUUUAAAACAGUUCACAAAGGACAUAAAAGGUUGUUGCUGUAUCAACCCAGGACGUCUGGCCCGUGGACAGGCUGGUGGGACCUUCAGCAGGCUGCAGAUCCGAGCCGGCGUCAUCAGAUCCAGGGAGUCCAUUCUCCCAUCCAUCACAGCUCAAGUGUUAAGGAUAUAAACACAAUAUUAUGUACACAGUGUGUUAAUUUUAAUUUAAUAAAUAUCGUAUUUAA